GCCAAAUUACCUAAUAAGGUGAGGGUCCGGAAGCAAAUUCGUGAUUGGGCGGGAGCGCGUUCUUCCUCAGCUAUGCCUAAAAUCAUUCGACAACUUUCGUCGGUGACACGUAGCCGCCUAAGAUCAACCCAGAUAUUGACUUCUAUCCCACAAAUUGUCUCUGAACUUGUACAAAAUUCGAUAGAUGCUGAAGCAUCUCACAUCGACAUUGGCAUAGACUGCGCCCAAUGGACAUGUUGGGUGCGCGAUGAUGGAGUUGGGAUCCCUGUUGAAGACCUGAGACAAAUGUCGAAAGCAGCCGAUAGCGCAAGAUAUAGAUGGCGGACAUCAAAAAUGCACCCGUCUGGUGAAUCUAGUAUAAUGUCCAUGUUUGGGUUUCGUGGGGAAGCCCUUGCUUCUGCUGCCGAAAUAGCUUGUUUAGAGAUAUCGUCCAGGACAGCAGAGGAAAAUGAAACGUGGUCUGUUAUCUUCAAGGGAAGCUGCCAAAUCAUGUCGUGACAUCUUGAUUGUUCUUGAUGGCAUCUUAAUUCCCUUACCUUCGCUUUGGCGAACGAUAGGGUGGAAAGGCUCUGUAUUUUGGCAAGUCGUUGCGAUGGCGUCGGGAGCGCCCCGGAACAGUAGUUUGCGUCCGAGAGGCCUUUUAUAAUCUUCCAGUCAGGAGAGUAUCACAUAUGUUGCCUGCACGCACAAUUGACGCGGUGGCAAGGGACCUGCAGUCAAUUGCGUUGGUCUUCCCCCAUGUGUCCUUCACGGUCGAAAGUGUUAAUGCAACCGGAGGUAAUAGCGAGGAAAGUCGGAAGAAAAGGAUU